AUGGUGAAUAAUAUCAACUUGGUGCUUGAGUGAAGUAAAGAGUUCAGAAACUUACAAAAUUUCUCCUACACGUGUGCGAUACGUGGAGUGUAGACCAAUGUGUGUUUUUAAUCAUUAUUAUCAUUCUGUCUCGGAUAAAGUUUUUUGGGGUACAGUUUGGGCUAUAAAAGCCAAUCGAUGAGGGUGAGUUAUAUAUCUACACGCCCCCCUUUCUCCCUCCUGAGAUGUAUUGAUAUCAAAAGGGAGACAUGAAGUAUCCAUCGGUUUUAUCGAAUUUCAUCUUGUUAUUCUGUCUAGUAUCAGCCGAGUGUGGAACUAUUCUCCUCUCGGCUAUGUUCGGCGAGGGCAGCCACUUUAUGGCUUCUGCUGCUAUAGCAGAAUCCCUUGUAAAACGCGGCCACAAUGUCACAGCUCUGAUUGGUCAAGCAUACGCUGAACAGGCUAAUAAUCCUCGCUUUGCCCCCAUCUUUGACUUCAAGUUAUUUGAUCAUGGAGUGGAACCAGAGGUCUUCCGCGAGAAAUUCAAAGUCAUCAACAGCAUUGCCUUCGAGAAGUCGAGCUUGAAGGCUCAUGCUAUGGCGGAAGAGCUCCGGCAACACAUGGUAAUUUCGUGUGAACUUAUUUUGAACAAUACAACGCUUCUCAAGGAACUAUUGUCCAUUGAUGUCAUUUUGUACGAUGCAACAUGGCCUUGUGCCUUGGUUAUCAAGGAACAUAUUCGGAAAGCUGGUGGCCGUGAUCAUCAACGAGACAUUCCUGUUGUGUCUGUCCUUCCCUCCACACCAGCUUCGUUGUACAUCAAGGCGGCAGGCUCGUCAUUUCAUUUCUCCAUAUCUCCCGACGUCGCGACUGGCUACUCCAAUCGGAUGUCAUUCAAAGAAAGGAUAUUCAACGUCCUUUGGGCAAUGAUGAUCGAUAUGUUUGCAAGUGCUCAGUUCUCUCCGUAUGAUAAAUAUCUAUCCGCUCUGGGAUCGGAUAAGACGCUCUUUGAUCUGUUCAGGUCUUCUGACUUGUAUCUCUUCAACUGUGAUUUUGCGGCGGAGUUCCCUUUUCCUACAACUCCUAACAUCAUUCCUGUUGGCGGGCUUACAACUAGGCCUUCUCUACCCCUUGAAAGUGAGCUCGAAGACUUUGUUACGAAUUCUGGUGACUAUGGGGUAGUGGUUUUCACUCUUGGGUCAUACCUCACCUCCAUGGACUCCGACAUCUUAGAGAUGUUUGCACAGGCUUUUGAACGGUUACCUCAGAGGAUAAUAUGGCAGCUCAGAGACAGGGCUGACAUCAAACUGCCCAACAAUGUCAAAAUCAUGCCAUGGCUACCGCAAAAUGAUUUACUAGGUCACCCAAAGACACGGGCCUUCAUGUACCAAGGAGGCAACAAUGGUUUCUACGAGGCCGUCUACCAUGCUGUACCCAUGGUCGUCAUCCCUUUCUACGGUGACCAACACGACGUUGCCGCCAGGGUGACCUCUAGGGGACUGGGAAAGGUCUUGGACAAGUUCAGUCUCAGUGUCGAUAUCAUCCACUCCGCUUUGACUGACGUCAUUACAAAUGAUAGCUACAGCAAAAAUAUUCAGAGGACUUCGGCAAUCUUUAGGGAUCACGACAUGAACCCACCCGACACCGGUGCAUUUUGGGUAGAACAUGUGAUGAAAUAUGGAGGCUCCUAUAUGCGUACACCAGUAAAUGAUCUCAAUAUUAUUCAGUACUAUUUGAUUGAUGUUAUCCUGAUUUUCAUAUUUUCUACGACUUUGGUCAUGGGGCUUCUUGUUUGCUCGUGCCGUUUUCUGAUCGGGUGCAUUUGUAAAAGGAGAAAAGAGAAAGUUGAGUGACAUUAAUUUGUUUCUCUCUUUGAAGACCUAGGCACUGAUCGGUGGGAUCAAGGAAU